AUGUCUCUCACACCCCAUUCAUCUCGGUCCUCUUCCUAUUCAACUACCCGGAACUUAUUUGAAUCAUUUUCGUAUCACUCGACUGUUAACCGAUUUCCUUUAUACCUUGAAUCAUCUCAUAUAAUAUUACCUACUUCUCCUCCUGUCCCACAUCGUCGAGCACCUAAACCACCGAUUUAUAAACCUCGUCGACAUCGUAAACGUCAUUUAAGAAUGUUCGAACCUGCUCGUUCUGGAUUAUUCACCGUUUGCGAGGAAGAAGAAUUGUCGAACUAUUCCAAUUCCCAAAAACACUUUGACACUUCGACUGCUUCUAACAGGAACUCGGAUAACAUGAGAGAGUCUACAGACUCUCUUGAUGUUCCUCAGGAUGUAGGAGAACAUGAUAUGGAGAUGGACGAUUUGCAUAGUCACACUACAAUUGGGUUGGGAAUUAAAGACGGAAAGGUGAAGGAGGAAAAGGCAACGGCAGACGGGGAUGGGAAUGCCGAUGGGGAUGAAAGAAGAACAAGUUGGGAAUCGAACGAAACAUCUGGAACCAAUACAACUCAAGAAGAUGAUACACUUCUCACUCCGAAUUUAACAGAAGACGAUGAUCCUUUUUCUUCGCCUAUGAAAUCAAGAGAAACACUUCCAACCCCAUUAUCUUUCACUCUUCCUCCUAUUCAAGUCAUAUCACCUCCUACCGACCCCAUUCCAUCACUAGGAUCAGCUUUCGAACUUGCUCCAGGACCUUCUUUCUCUUACCCAUCCAACGAACCUGAUCCAUGGUCUCGACCCUGUCCCAAUUCUUCUGAAGAAUUAUGUGGACCUUUCCCUCUCCCACCAUCUUAUCGUUCCGCUCAUCCAUUCUCCGCAGAGGCAUUAGCUUGUUCUUCCACCUUACCAAACGAUCAUGCAAUUCUGUCACUAGAUGGUCCUCUUUUCCGAAGAAACGUUCCACCACCACGUCGACUUGAUCUUGACUUGACUUGUUCCCCAACAUCUCUCUCUUCCAAAUACCGUCUUCCCAUCGUUCAACACUCGAAUGGUUUAUUACCAGGUGCGGAAAUCACAGACCCCAUCUCUCAUCGUUCUUACACUAAACCAACACGUAUACAAUCUAUGUCCAAAGCGCAACAAGCUCAUCGUGCUCUAUCGUCCGCCAUCUACUUGGAAGAAUUCUCAAAUGUUAGACCGGAAGAAGCUUUCGCAGCGUUGAUUUUAGAAGCUGGAGAAGAAGAUUUAAUUUUAUCUGAAUCUUCCGAACAAGUAGAUAUUUACACUUUCCCACUUCCACCCAUACGGUCCACUCUUACACCUGAACCUCGAACACCCCUUUCAGCAGAUUUGAGAACACCGGAAUUUUCCUAUCAUGCGAUCAACGAUGGAACGGAUAUGAAUUAUUCUUUCUUUGAGAAUGAAAUGAAGCAGGUAAAUCCUCGGGAGUAUGGGAAUGAACAAGGGAGGAAAAGUGAAAAAAGAACAGCAGAUGAUUUCUAUACACCUGAAUUGAAAUACCCUAGAAUGCCAAGUCCACCAGCAACUCCAUACGUAUCUACUCGAAAACCUAUCGAAUAUACGUUAAGUUCUCAUUCGGUGCUUCAAUCUUGGUCCCAACAAGAUUCAUCUACUACCACCUCAUCGGGAUCUCACUCCAGAGUAGAUCGAGCAAGAAGGAAUGAAGAAAGGGAAAAUCAAUUAGAUUCACCCAUUUCAUUGAAAUCUUCCUGGUCUUUCGCUUCGAUCUCAUCACGAUCAUCUUCACCUCAAUCUUCUUCACCUAUUGAUUCUUCACCUUCUUGUUACUCUACCGAAUCUUAUGUCCCAAUGACGGAAUUAUCUCCUACGAAAAUGUCUAAUUCAUAUUCUUCAAGAUCACUCUUGUUAUCUACCACUUCAUCAACUUCUUCCAUCACUUCUAUUCGUUCCAACAAAUCAGACUCGUUGGAAUCUGUUCCUUCCAGUCCAAGCGGAUCGAGGAGGUCAAGUGGUUCGAGUAGGGGUAGAAAACUUCCAAGUAGACCAAAGAUUCCUUCAAUGUUUUUAUCAACUUCUACAAUAGUUUGA